CACUGUCAAUAUUUUUAAUCCGAGAUAAGUUUGUGUUCGUUUCUAUUGGAAAUAAUAAUCGAGAAAGAUGAAUAUAAAAUAUUUGUUAUUAUUUCUUUGUUUUCUACAAGUGUCACAUUAUUGCUACGCAGAUGAUGAUCUAUCGUUAUCAAACGAAUUAGAUAGAGGCUUGCUUCCAAAUUGUUCCUUGACUCCUCAGGCGAUUUCAUUUAUUCUUUUUACUAGGGAAAUCCCGAAUGGUAUUGUUCUUACACAACAGAAUUUAACGAGUGUCGGAAUAUUUAAAAAAUCUGAUAUAUCGUCAAAUCCGGUUGUAUUCCUUAUACAUGGUUUCCUUUCAUGUCCAAAUCAAACAAACUUCUUGGAUGUGACAAGAGCUUUGAUAAAAAAAGAUAAGUAUAUAGUCAUCUCGAUCGAUUGGAAGGAUGGCGCUUGUACUAAACAACCUAUUCUUAAAAAGUGCUUGGGUUACUUUCAAUCCGUAGAAAAUACACGCAUAGUUGGAAAAUAUAUUGCUCAUUUUAGCAAGAGACUUAUACAAGAACAUAAAUUGUCGGUAGCAAAGGUACGACUGAUAGGGCAUAGUUUGGGCGCACAUAUUGCAGGUUUUGCAGGGAAAGAAUUUCAAAGUUUUAAAUUAGGAAAAUAUCCUGAAAUUAUUGGGCUUGAUCCUGCUGGGCCUUCGUUCAGUUCAAAUAAAUGUUCCGAAAGACUCUGCGAGACAGAUGCAGAUUAUGUUCAAAUUAUACAUACAUCAAAGUAUUUCGGAAUAGGGAAAACCAUUGGUACCGUCGAUUUCUACAUGAAUAACGGAACUAAUCAACCCGAUUGUAGUAUGCCGGUAGACGUUUGCUCUCAUUCGAAAGCCGUGAUAUACAUGGCUGAGUGCAUAAAACACGAAUGUUGUUUCAUUGGGAUACCGCGCUCAAAGAGUUCGCAGCCUAUUUCGUCGUGCACAAAACAGGAGUGCGUUUGCGUUGGAUUAAACGCAAAGAAGUAUCCUAGUAGAGGCUCAUUUUAUGUACCGGUUGAAAGUACUGCUCCUUUUUGCAAUAACAAGGGGAAGAUAAUUUAAUAAUAUAAAAAAGUAAUUUCCAUUCCUCGAAAUGCAUUUGUUAAUGGUGAAAUGAAUAAAUUACCAUUUAACAAAUAAUCGUACAUGCAGAAUGUCGUCCAAAAUAAUUGCGGAGUAUAUAAUGGAUGAUCUUAGCAAAUUUAAAAAAUAAAAAGAAUUAUAUAAACAUAUACCCUAUUUGAUUUUGCUUUUUAGUUGUAGUGAAUUGAAUUUUUCUGUCUGCUUAAUUUGAAACUGCUUCCUUGCUUCUGAAUAAAUGCCUGUAAACAUAUUGUCAAUGAUUAUUUUAUUUUUUCGUACGUUCAGAUUUUGCUUGGAUUUGUUAGAAAUUUUGUUUAAUUUUUUCACGAAGAGUAUCAACUCUUGAAUCUCACAUAAUCUCAAUUAAAAGUCUAAUACAAAAUCAGAUAUCUUUAUAUGAACCUUUUUUAUUGUUUUUACGUGCCGAAGUCAUUUCUAAAAUGUUUCAUAUUCUUUCCGGGACAGUAUUUAAUAUCUAGCAAGUAUUUAUAUACAUUAUUUUUAUAAAUG